GUUUAGUUGUGAUGUGAAGCUCAUGUUGUUUUAGCACAAUGUCUGCUUUUCUGUGUUGUGCAUUCUUCCUCUGUCUCCUUUGCAGCACCCUGGCUGGGAAAGGUGAGUGGUGUUUAUUUUCAUUUUCUAUUGGGAGGUGGACAUCUUUUUGAGUUCAUGGAAAGGGGUGGUUUUUUAUUGAACAUUUCAUCUAGUCAGUUUUACAUUUAAAAUAUAUUAUGUACAGUCGACUCCUGAUAAGUGCACUUUGAAUAAGUGCGAAUUCUUUAAGUACAAUACAGUUUUCCAGUCUCAUUUCAAUUACAUGAUUGUUAAUAGCUUGCUCCUGAUAACUGCAUGCUCUGGCACGACAGUCCCAAGCUAUUGCAUUUUUCAGGAGUCAACUGCAAUCUAGAGUCCACUGCAAUCUAGAGUCCACUGCAAUCUAGAGUCCACUGCAAUCUAGAGUCCACUGCAAUCUAGAGUCCACUGUAAUCUAGAGUUGCAAUAUCAUAGAGGUACAAUACAAGAGGCUGUUUUCAAGUCAUUUACUUUUCAAGUGCAAUAUUCAAAUGAGAGUAGAGUAGUAGAUGGCUCCUUGUAUUCAUAAUAAAUUUCCAAAAAUAGACCCAGCCUUCUGUGAAACUAGUUUAGGGUAGUGAAAAUCUCCUUAACUGACUGAUUGGUAUUGGUUUAUCCUUAAAGAACAAACAUGUGACACAUAUGGUGUGUGUGUUUCUUCCAUUCUCCCAUCUGCUCAUAAAAGGGAACAAUGGACUACUGGUCCGAAAGCAGAAGGGAGACACCAUGACCAUCCACUGCAGCACCUCUCUACAAGACCAAGAAAACCUGAGUGUGUUUAUGCGCCUGACAAAAGAGAUACAAGUCUUCUACUUUUACCAGGAAACAGGAAAAAUCACCAUCAAUAAAAGGUUCCAAACCAGAUUGACGACUAACGGAGGACUCAACAAAAUGGACAUCACCAUCACAAACCUGACCAUAGAAGACUCUGGGGUCUACUGGUGUUUGUACCGUGUUUCUAUGAAAUCCCAGACUGAGGGGGAAGGAGCUAUUUUGCUGGUGGUGAAUGGUGAGUGUCUCAGCCAGUCCUGAUUCGCUCCCUAACCCUCCAUUUGGCACUUACUAUUCCCUUCAAUGUUCAAGUUCAUGUUUUUUGGGUCACAUGCACAAGUACAGUGAAAUGCUUAAUCUGCAAGCCCUACCCUACAGUGCAGUAUUCAAUAUCAAAAUAUUAUAACUAAUAAGAAAAUAAAUUUAAAAAACAACACAAUAAAUAACAUAGGAAGUUUAGAUUGGUCAAUUUGUUGAGUUGUAUGGUAUUCUUCAACAUCUCUGUUAUAACAUGAAUUGCCCCUGGGGAUAUUUUAAAUAAUAUGUACUGAACUGCAUUAAAAAAUUUGUUCUACUCUGGUGUGUUGCUGUACCACAGAUGACCAGAAUGGUGCGUCCUCAGGGCUAGGCAUUCCCAGGUAUCUGGUCCUGGUCUCAGCUGUCACUGCUGGCUCUGUGCUUCUCCUGAGUCUGGUCAUCCUCUUCAUCUGGGUCAUCCCCAGGGUAAGUACUACAGUAAAGUGUGUGUGUGUGUGUGUGCCCACAUGAAAAAAUACUACAGUUUACUAUAGAAUACUACAGUACUUACUAUAGAAUUAUGUAGUAUACUGUACAAUACUAUACACUGUAGUAUCCCUCGACCAUGUACAGUACUUACUAUAUCAUGUUGUAGUAGACUGUAGAAUACUGUAGUAGAUACUGCAGUAUUAUCCGAAGAAAAAAAAACUUUAGUAAAUACUACAGUAUUGUCUGCAAAAACAUUACAUCUGCAAAAACGCUAGACUUUAACGAUAGUAAAUACUCCAGUAUUUCAUUUGCAUAUACCCUGCCAAUUCCCCUCCCCCGUAUCCCAAUUUGUGCCAGGUUAUAGAAAAGAACAGAAGCUCUGAACUAUCUGUUCAGACCCCAGUCCUACCUACCUACAGGUUAUGGAACAUUUUAUCUUUUAGUAUUUCUCCAGUAGGUUUCCUCAAGGAAAAAGCCUCCACUUCUAUGUCAAAGAUAAUAAAACUAAAAUACUACAGUAAAUACUACAGUAUACAAUCUGCAAAAACACUGCAGUAAAUACUACAGUGUAUACUACAGUAUACAAACCGGGAAAAACUACAUUAAAUACUAUAGUAAAUAAUACAGUUAAUUUAUUACAGUAUUUAUACUAUAGUUAACUGUAAAUACUACAGUAUACUACAGUAAAUACUACUUUAGUAUGCAGAAACACUACUGUAAAUACUACAGUAUAUUACAGUCCGCAAAAACACUACAGUAAAUACUAUAGGAUAUAAUUCAGUUAUUUUACUACUGUAUUUAUACUAUAGUUAACUGUAAAUACUACAGUAAAUACUACUUUAGUCCACAAAAACACUACAGUGAAUACUACAUUAAAGUCAGCAAAAACACUACAGUGAAUACUACAGUAUUUAUAUCAUAGUAUACUAUAGUAUUUUUUCAUGUGCGUGCGUGCGUACGUGUGUGUGUGCUCAUUCGUGCUUGUGUGUGUGUGUGUCGGGUGGCAAGAUUGCCACAUCAGCACUGUCUCUACUGACUGUCUUUGGUAGGGAAAUGCACAGUUUUUAACUUCAGCCUUUUGCUUUGACUCAUAUAUGUAGACCUGAUGGAAUCUAUUGGGGAAGUUCUAUUAUCAGUACUGCAACAACAUACAGUGGGGAAAAAAAGUAUUUAGUCAGCCACCAAUUGUGCAAGUUCUCCCACUUAAAAAGAUGAGAGAGGCCUGUAAUUUUCAUCAUAGGUACACGUCAACUAUGACAGACAAAAUGAGAUUUUUUUUCUCCAGAAAAUCACAUUGUAGGAUUUUUUAUGAAUUUAUUUGCAAAUUAUGGUGGAAAAUAAGUAUUUGGUCAAUAACAAAAGUUUCUCAAUACUUUGUUAUAUACCCUUUGUUGGCAAUGACACAGGUCAAACGUUUUCUGUAAGUCUUCACAAGGUUUUCACACACUGUUGCUGGUAUUUUGGCCCAUUCCUCCAUGCAGAUCUCCUCUAGAGCAGUGAUGUUUUGGGGCUGUCGCUGGGCAAUACGGACUUUCAACUCCCUCCAAAGAUUUUCUAUGGGGUUGAGAUCUGGAGACUGGCUAGGCCACUCCAGGACCUUGAAAUGCUUCUUACGAAGCCACUCCUUCGUUGCCCGGGCGGUGUGUUUGGGAUCAUUGUCAUGCUGAAAGACCCAGCCACGUUUCAUCUUCAAUGCCCUUGAUGAUGGAAGGAGGUUUUCACUCAAAAUCUCACGAUACAUGGCCCCAUUCAUUCUUUCCUUUACACGGAUCAGUCGUCCUGGUCCCUUUGCAGAAAAACAGCCCCAAAGCAUGAUGUUUCCACCCCCAUGCUUCACAGUAGGUAUGGUGUUCUUUGGAUGCAACUCAGCAUUCUUUGUCCUCCAAUCACGACGAGUUGAGUUUUUACCAAAAAGUUAUAUUUUGGUUUCAUCUGACCAUAUGACAUUCUCCCAAUCCUCUUCUGGAUCAUCCAAAUGCACUCUAGCAAACUUCAGACGGGCCUGGACAUGUACUGGCUUAAGCAGGGGGACACGUCUGGCACUGCAGGAUUUGAGUCCCUGGCGGCGUAGUGUGUUACUGAUGGUAGGCUUUGUUACUUUGGUCCCAGCUCUCUGCAGGUCAUUCACUAGGUCCCCCCGUGUGGUUCUGGGAUUUUUGCUCACCGUUCUUGUGAUCAUUUUGACCCCACGGGGUGAGAUCUUGCGUGGAGCCCCAGAUCGAGGGAGAUUAUCAGUGGUCUUGUAUGUCUUCCAUUUCCUAAUAAUUGCUCCCACAGUUGAUUUCUUCAAACCAAGCUGCUUACCUAUUGCAGAUUCAGUCUUCCCAGCCUGGUGCAGGACUACAAUUUUGUUUCUGGUGUCCUUUGACAGCUCUUUGGUCUUGGCCAUAGUGGAGUUUGGAGUGUGACUGUUUGAGGUUGUGGACAGGUGUCUUUUAUACUGAUAACAAGUUCAAACAGGUGCCAUUAAUACAGGUAACGAGUGGAGGACAGAGGAGCCUCUUAAAGAAGAAGUUACAGGUGUUAGAAAUUGCGUAAUUCAAAUCUGGUAUUGGAAUAAGAAUCAAGAGAUCUUCAAUCCAAGCUUAAUUUAUUAUAUGCAAAAUGUAUAUAUGAUAAGUAUGAAGGUUCGUAUACGGGCUCACUGAAAAACCACGCAGGGCAGACAGAGAACUAGAAUUAUUGUUUACAGAUUCUUUCUCAAAUACUCUGACAGAAAGCCUCCACCUCUUCUGUUGGCCAACCAGAGCAAAGGACUGAGUGUGGUCCAGACUCCAUUCAGCCAAUCCGUUGGCGCAGGGGUUGGUCCCAACUCCUCGGCAUUUCAUUUGUUGCCAGGCAUAGUUGCUAUGAUAAUAACCUGCGGAGUCAGCACCCAAAAGACACCAUUCCACUGUACUCCAUGUUCAAGGACAGUUUCACAGACUACAAAGAGAGAGUGUUCGUAUCUGUAAGAAAUACAAGUCUUAUCUGUCCUACCCCUAACGUUCCUUACAUGAAUAACAACAGCCUGUUAUGUGAAACAAUCCAUAUCAGUACAGUGCUCCUCAUUAAUGCAUUCCUUCCAAGCUAUUCAUCACAUACAGAUCCAAUUAUGAGAAAAAUAAAACCCAACACAGGUCUGUGAGAGCCAGAAAUCUUGCUUGUUUGUAGGUGACCAAAUACUUAUUUUCCACCAUAAUUUGCAAAUAAAUUCAUUAAAAAUCCUACAAUGUGAUUUUCUGGAUUUUUUUCCCUCAAUUUGUCUGUCAUAGUUGACGUGUACCUAUGAUGAAAAUUACAGGCCUCUCUCAUCUUUUUAAGUGGGAGAACUUGCACAAUUGGUGGCUGACUAAAUACUUUUUUCCCCCACUGUAUUUGACAGGAAAUAUCUCCUUGUACUAGACAUGUUCAGUGGUAGUGUUUGAUUUGAUCUACACUGAUCGUAUUUCAUGAGUUGUGUUAUAAUCAAACACUACCACUGAACGAACUGCUUCUGGGGUCUUGCGUAAAUUCUGCCCCCGCAUAUUCCAUCUCAUCUUACUCAAGUGUGUGUGUGUGUAUGUAUAUAUGUACAUUUUUGACAUUUGCACUGUGUUAAUGUAUGUUCAAUUAAUUUCAAUUCAAUACAAAAUAUAUUUACUGAAACACAAGAGCACUUCUGAUCCCUCCCCCUUCUAAAGACACUGGCGGCAGGUAGCCUAGCGGUUAAGAGCGUUGGGCUAGUAACUGAAAGUUCGCUGGUUUGAAUCCCUGAGCCGACUAGGUGAAAAAUGUGUUGCUGUGCCCUUGAGCAAGGCACUUAACCCUAAUUGCUCCUGUAAGUUUCUCUGGAUAAGAGUGUCAGCUAAAUGUUGGAAAAAAAAAGAAGUCUGUUGUUAAUAAUAUAGCCUACUAAUAGUACCAUAUCUGACCAAUAUCUCUUGUCUUCCCAGUUAAAGGCAUGGCGUUCAACGAUGAGACCAACACAGGUCAGGACUAGCGACGUCUAUGAAGACAUGCGCACCACCAUCAGACGUGCGCACCACCCUUAGAUGGGUUAUUAGUGAUGUUACAUGGCAGCCAUCUUUACUUUGGGCACCACCCUCAGACAGGUUGUUACUGAUGUUGCACGGCAGCCAUCUUUACUUUGGGUCCAAACGGAGGCCCAUGUCAGCUGACUAGGAGACAAUGAUGUCAACAUACUGUAAUACAUGAUAUCAACGAAGGACCUUGAACGAUAUCUUCUCAGGUAGUGUUUAGUAGCAAGGGCUUGCAUCAUUGAUGUACACUUAUGUCAGUCAUUCAACCUCAAGGCAAGCUACCUAUAUACUGUAGCUACUUAAGUAUACACAGCAUUGUAUGUGACUGACAUCACACACUGUAAAUGGUUGUUCAUACAGAGGCUAGGAGAAUGCUUUUUAUGGUCCUUGACCCUGAUGCAGCAGGUAGAACUUGAGUCUUGUAAUUACCACCACAAUUUAACUUGUGCAUGGAAUGUCAAUUUUUUUCGCCGUACAUUCUAUUUUGCUGUAUAGAUUGACAAUAUAUUUUUUUACCACUUUUAAAUGUUGAAAUGAUUCUCAAUUGUAUAUUUUUGUUUACAUUUACAGUAUAUUUUUGUUUACAUAUUUGAUGGCAUUGGGCCUACACCUAUUUUCCAGGUGCCAGGCAACUUUUACUACUAUUUUAUUUGUAUACUUUUGCAUGCUUUAGUUCCUGUACUGAUCAUGUUGUUCCUGUAAUGAUAGUCUACAUAAGACUAACAGUUCUGCUUCUGUGGUCACUGUGGCAUCUCAACUUUUUCACAACAGUUUUGUGAUGUUUGCAUUUUAAGAACCCCCAUCAGCAGGGCUCAUCUCUCUACAGGAAAACAAGUCUGUUUUUUUAUAUUUACUGGACAGGCUGGGGUUGGUCUGUCCGGUAAUGCUGUCGCCUUCCAGAACUUACUGUAUGGCCCACUAGCUAGCUGGGAUCGAAUCACAGGUCUACCUCUUUACUCAAUACUGUUUUUCCCUUCCAUUCACUCCUGUCUCUCUCAUUAAAUCACAAAAAAUACGAAAAGGAGUGGAAACCCACUCUCCUUAAAAAAAUAAAACUGUAUUCUGAAA